AUGAGUUCCUCAAUCGCCAUGUCCUCCGUCGCCAUGACGAGGCCGGGCACAACCCGACCAGUCCUCUCACAAUUAGUAGCCACACCCAAUUCCCGAAGCCACAGUAUCUGGCGCUCUGCACGCAGCUAUCACAGCAUCCGCGAUAAAAUGGAACGCAUCGCUCGAUCCAUCGAUAAAUACCAGCGUCACCCACAAGCAAACCUCCGUUCCAAGGCAGAAACCUGCAAUGGCUGGCCCGCCACAGCCCACAGAGAACCCAGUAGCAGCAAAGGCUGGGCCACGCAUUGGCCCCGAUCUUGCUUUUCCGAACUCGCCGGUCGAGAGAAGACCUAUUGGGAUGCUCAGCAUGAGCAGAUGAAUCACCGUAUUGCGCACUUGAAGAGGCAGGUUGCCAGAGACCCUUACGAGGCGAUCUUUGGCCGCAGACUUGUACAAUCUUCCCAUUAUAUUGACCAGUCUGAUACUGCGACGGCUUGGCCGGGUUUCCUGCGGGCUUUCCUGGGGGCUGAGAAGCCUAUGACGGAGCAUCCGUCCAAGGCUCAUUUGCAGGAUUUUAAUUUUGCGCAGUCUCCUGUCCGGUCGAGUGUAUCUGGUAGCCGAGAUACUCUUGAAUAUGAUCCCAUCAGUGGCCGUAUGGCCCCGAAAGCACCACAGUCGCAAACUGGAAGUGAGACCACGAUGCAAAAUUUCAACGCAGGCGUUGACUGUCCUCCGGGAAGCGAAGUGGAGGCUAAAUUCGUCUCCAACUCUUCUACUGUGGAGAAUGGCCAGUUCCAACCAGGUAGCAUUUCGAGUGCCAAGUCGGAUGCGAUGAAUUCGCAGAAUAUUGACUGCCCUCCCCGAAGCGAGGUGGAGACACUCUUCAUCUCCGAGUCCGUCCCUUCAGAGAAGCCCCAGUCAGAGACCCUCAAGGUCCAGACCAUGGCCAAGAAACUGAGUCCCGAUGCCGGUCUGAGCUCCGGCCAGAAUGUCGAGUGUGCGCCUGGUAGCGAGCUAGAGGCUUUGUUCACUGCUAAGCCCGCUACGGGGAAUGACCAGAGUCACUCGCCGCCGAGCUUUGGAUAUCAUCCAACAGCCAACGUCUCUGUGGAUUGCCAACCGGGUAGUGAAUUAGAGGCCCAAUUUGCCGCUCAACUAGAAAAGGACUGCAACUCCGAGCCGGAAGCAACACCCGUUGACUGCAGGCCUGGUAGUGAGCUUGAAGCAAGGAUUGUUGCCGAGACCACUCGUGCUCAAUUAUCCGACCCAACCGUCGACUGCGCCCCCAGCAGUGAAUUUGAGGCCUUGUUCGCGACUAACCCGGCCGCCGUUCAAGCUACGCAUUACCCGCCGACCAUGGCCACUGCUGAUUCCGACGACAAGCAACCUGGCAUCACCGUUGACUGUGGCCCUAGUAAUGAGCUCGAAGCCAAGUUCCUCUCUGAUGCCGCCAGCACCGAGAUCCGCGGCGAAAGCGAGGACUUGACACCCCUGCGCGCCAGUGACAUCCGAGCCCGCUACACCGACAAUGACACCAGCAUCAAGUCCCGCAGCGCCAAAGAUGUCGAAUUCAAUGCCUCCGAAGACCGCGUCGGCGACGUCCUUCAAACCCAAUCCCAAACCCAAACACCGUCAACCACAACACCGGCAUGGACCGAAGCAGACUACCGCAUUUUAGCCUACGACACCACAACAUCAACAGUAACAACCACCUCAGCAGACACAUUCUUCGGCACAAACCCACCCAUCCAACCGCACGAGAUCCUCUCCCGCCUCCACAACCCAGCCAAAUUUGUACCCUAUUUUGCCGCGAUGCAGAAAGAUGGGUAUGAACUUGCGACUGGUGGAGGUGAUAUUCUCGUUUUCAAGCGCUUCGCCAAUAACAGCAAUACUACCUCCAAGUCUACCCUAGAUGCUGGUCAGCACGAGCUCUACCAGGUGGACUCUGUGUUGUCUGACGAUGUCCAUGCCGAUAUUGCGCGGUAUCUGUGCCAUGACUCGUUUGAUUCAACUAGCUAUGUACGCCAUUACAACCCGUCUUCCACCUCUAAGCCAUCGACAUCCGGACACAACUCCAAUUCCAGUUCCAGUUCUAGCUCUGGUUCUAGCUCAAACUUGACCUCGUCAACUUCGACCCCCAAAUCAGAAUCCAAAUCCACUUUCCGCAAGUUCAUCCGCAGAAUCAUCCUCACCGGCACAAUCACCGCAGGAUCAUGUUAUGCGAUCGGCGUUUUGACAGAAUAUUUCCGUACUGGGGGUUUAGACGGGCGUGGUGCGGAUGGAUUUACACCUUUUGAGUCGGAGAGACGGCAUCGGGAGUAA